AUGUCAGCGCGAGAAAAAGAGGGUGCUUUGGCCAAACCAGCCGUGGGAUCCGGUCUUUGGAGCACUUCGAAGCAAGCCGGGGAGUCCCACACCCAAACUCCUCAUUAUCCAGGAGGAGUUUCUGAAUGCAAUAACUUCUCACGGUCAAACAAAGCCCACGACAGCGGGCUUCCCCAGAUCCCAUCCCGCCCGCCGACAGACUUUGCAGGGACUUCCUACGGCAGCCCUGGCUCUGGUAACGUUGAUGCACCCAAGCGAAAGUAUCAUAAAGCAGAUGCCGGUCUGUCAGUGCAGGUUCGAAUCAGGAGCGUGAUGACUCCAGCUUCCAUGCAAGGCAGACCUGAUUCGCACAAGGAGGCCGACACGAUUCUAGACCGUUUCUCGGGGGGGGGCUUAAUCGAGGGUUCGAGGAGAAGUGUGCUUGGGCUGAGGUCCUCGGGGUUACUCGUUGGGAAAAUGACCCCCCUCUGGUUCCAUCCCAGGGUCGAUGCUAAGUAA